UCACCGGAUGGAUCCAGUAAUGGGAACCCACCAGAGAGAUGUCCCCGUCCUCUGUAUGCCCGGGAUUCCACACAGGAGGGUCACAUUAUCCCUCACCCUCAUCAGGGUGAUGACCUUAUUUGUAUCAAAGUUGAUUUUAAAGAGGAGGAGGAGGAAGAUGAAGAAUUAGAAACAACGACUUUUGUGGUGGGUGAUCAGUCUAUGGAGGAGGAUGACACCAAGCAGGAGGACUCUUCUCUAGAAAUUGGAAGAGAUGGAACCUAUCUCCGGGAUGCUUUGGAAGGAGAUCCUGAAUUUUCGUCAGAUCUGGAAGAUAAUGACGCAGCACAGAGUUCCCCAGGAACAUAUUCCAAUGCUCGGAAUACAGAUCCAUCCGGUUCCAAGGAUUCUUCUACAAGCCGCGCAGCUCACACAGGGAGUGGAAAAUCUUUCACUGAGAAAAAACCACAGAAGAGAAAUCACAACGGUGAGCGUCCUUAUCCAUGUACAGAGUGCGGCAAAUGUUUCAUUCACAAAGGAGACCUUUAUAGACACCAGAGACUUCACUCGGGUGAGCGCCCUUUUUCGUGUUCACAGUGCGAGAAAACUUUUGUCGAGAGAACCGGACUUGUUAUACACCAGAGAAGUCACACAGGUGAGCGCCCAUUUCCAUGUUUACAGUGCGGGAAAUGCUUCACUCAAAAAUCACAUCUUCGGACCCACCAGAGAGUUCACACAGGUGAACGUCCUUUUUCAUGCUCGGAUUGCGGGAAAUGUUUCACUGGAAAAGAAAAGCUUCUAAACCAUCAGAGACUUCACACUGGCGAGCAUCCUUUUGCGUGUUCUGAGUGCGGGAAACGCUUUGUGACGAAAGGAAGCCUUCUUAGACAUCAGAGAACACACUCCGGUGAGAAUUUUUUUUCAUGUUCAGAAUGUGAGAAGAAAUUUGUAGAGAAAUCCUCACUUAUUAUACACGAGAGAAUUCACACGGGCGACUAUCCUUUCCCAUGUCUAGUGUGCGGGAAACGUUUCAAUAAGAAAGUAUACCUUCACACACACGAGAGAAGUCACACGGGGGAGCGUCCUUACUCGUGCUCAGAUUGCGGAAAAGGUUUCACGCAGAAAGGAAACCUUGUUAACCACCAAAGAAUUCACACAGGAGAACGUCCUUUUUUAUGUAAAGAGUGUGGGAAAACGUUCACAUUUAAAAGUCACCUUCUGUUACAUCAUAUAACUCACACCGGUGCCCAUCCCUUUUCCUGCAAAGAGUGCGGGAAGAGUUUUUCAGAGAAAGGAAAACUUAUUAUACACCAAAGAAUGCACACAGGCGAGCGUCCUUUUUGUUGUCCAGAGUGUGGGAAAGGUUUCACCCAGAAAACGGUCCUUAAUACGCACCAGAGAAUUCACACUCGUGAGCAUCCUUUUAAGUGUUCGAAGUGCGAGAAAUGUUUCACGCAAAAGGGAAAUCUGCUGAGACAUCAGAGAAAAUACACACACUGAUGCUGGUGACGAAUGAUGGCCUUUAUCCGAUCAAAUUGUCCAGUCCCUACAAAUAGGGGCCCUCACCGUGUCUGAGGGAUGGAGGAGGACCCAGAGACUCAUCACUCUGCCUUCAUCUGUGUUCCUGACUCUUAAGACACAUCCUGAGAUUAGAAUUUAAGCCAUUAACAAUGUCGUGGAGAUGCUGACCGUAGAGGUGAGCGGUGUCGGGAAUUCUGGGACAUUAUCCAGGAACAGACAAGGGAUGUGUCUGGAUGGUGACUGUAUCAUUGUGUGUCAAGAUGUCUCUAACGUCUCCAUGGAGGAGUGGGAUCCUCUUCUAAAAUGUUCUAUUUCUUGUAAAUUCAAGUGUUGAUGUGUUCCCAUUCCUCUGUUGCAUACCGUAUUAUAUCAAAUAAAGUAAACUAAAAUCA